CUUGCACCCUGCUCCUGGGCGGUUCUAGCCGCUCUCCGCACGAAGAAAAGCCACCCAUUCGUUCCCCUCCCCUACCUCCCAUCCUUCGCCCGGGAGCUGCCUUCAUCGCAGUCACGCCCCUUCCUUCCGAGGAGAUUUCUGACUGCCCUAGCUGGUAGUCCCUGACUUAUUCCUCCAUCUCCUCUCUCUUUCGCUUCAUCUUUUCUUAGUUCUCACUGCCCCCUCCACCCUCCCCCUCCAGUCUGUCUCGCCUCCGACCAUCCGCUGCUCCACCCUCCGGCCCGGUAUCCUGCCUGUCCACUGCCACCAAGGAGAACCCGGAGAGAGCAGCGAGGAGGGGAGCAGCCGGGAGUUGGGGCUUCCCCCCUGCUCAUCCCUGGCCUUUGGCCCGGGAACGAAGCCACUUGAACGAGAGAGUCGUCACCUUGUCUUCGUUGCCUUCAGGGAGCUGCUGAGAAGGACAUAUAAGAUAACAGAAGUAAAACAGAUUUUGUCUUCUUAGAAGAAAGACUAGGAAACUGAAGAUGGUGAACUUUGAGACUUGAGGACGUCAAGAGACACAUAUGAGAGUGACCACUGGUUGGACUCUUGGCGGCGCUUAACGUGAACCUGAGUGUUAGGGGAGAGGUAAUCUGCCGUUGCGGUUUCUGGAGCUGCUCAUAAGCAAGAAUUCCCUAUCCUGAUCAAGGCUUUAAGCCUAAACGAAAGCAGAAAUAGGUCAAGGGCAGCCCAGGUGCCCAAUUUCUCUCUCUCUUCACAAGGCACCACCAGCAAUAGAGAUGAGAAAUUCUGAAGAACAGCCAAGUGGAGGAACCACAGUGUUGCAGCGUCUGCUACAAGAGCAGCUUCGCUAUGGCAAUCCUAGUGAGAAUCGCAACCUGCUUGCCAUACACCAGCAAGCCACAGGGAAUGGCCCUCCUUUCCCCAGUGGCAGUGGGAACCCAGGUGCUCAGAAUGAUGUAUUGAGUCCCCAGGAUCACCACCAACAGCUUGUGGCACAUGCUGCUAGACAAGAACCCCAGGGGCAGGAAAUCCAGUCAGAAAGCAUCAUCAUGGAGAAGCAGCUUUCCCCUCGAAUGCAAAAUAAUGAAGAACUCCCGACCUAUGAAGAGGCCAAAGUCCAGUCCCAGUACUUUCGGGGCCAACAGCAUGCCAGUGUUGGAGCUGCUUUUUAUGUCACUGGAGUCACUAACCAGAAGAUGAGGACUGAGGGACGCCCGUCAGUUCAGCGGCUCAAUCCUGGGAAGAUGCACCAAGAUGAAGGACUCAGAGACCUUAAGCAAGGACACGUCCGCUCUUUGAGUGAACGACUAAUGCAGAUGUCUCUGGCCACCAGUGGAGUUAAGGCCCAUCCACCUGUUACCAGCGCUCCCCUUUCCCCACCACAAUCCAAUGACCUCUACAAGAAUCCCGCAAGUUCCAGUGAUUUCUUCAAGGCCCAAGGGCCACCUCCAAGCCAGCAUAGCCUGAAGGGCAUGGAACAUCGAGGCCCCCCACCUGAGUAUCCCUUCAAGGGCAUGCCACCCCAGUCUGUAGUGUGCAAGCCCCAAGAGCCAGGGCACUUCUAUAGUGAGCAUCGUUUGAACCAGCCAGGGAGAACAGAGGGGCAACUGGUGAGGUAUCAGCAUCCCCCUGAGUAUGGAGCAGCCAGGCCAACACAGGACAUCUCAUUGCCAUUGUCGGCCAGGAACUCUCAGCCUCACAGCCCUACUUCUUCCCUCACAUCUGGGGGUUCCUUGCCCUUGCUGCAGUCUCCACCAUCUACUAGAUUAUCUCCUGCCCAACAUCCAUUGGUCCCAAACCAAGGAGACCACUCAGCUCACCUACCUAAGCCGCAGCAACAUUUCCUUCCUAAUCAAACUCACCAGGGUGAUCAUUACCGUCUCAGCCAGCCGGGCCUGAGUCAGCAGCAGCAGCAGCAGCAGCAGCACCACCACCACCAUCACCAGCAGCAGCAGCAGCAGCAGCAGCAGCCGCCGCCGCCGCCAGCCGAAGCCUAUUCAGCUAUGCCUAGAGCUCAGCAGUCUUCUGCUUCUUAUCAGCCAGUGCCAGCAGACCCUUUUGCCAUUGUUUCCAGAGCCCAACAGAUGGUUGAGAUCCUCUCAGAUGAGAACCGAAACUUGCGGCAGGAGUUGGAAGGAUGCUAUGAGAAGGUGGCAAGACUGCAGAAGGUGGAGACAGAAAUCCAGCGUGUCUCAGAGGCAUAUGAGAACCUUGUAAAAUCAUCUUCCAAAAGAGAAGCCCUGGAGAAAGCCAUGAGAAACAAGCUUGAGGGGGAGAUUCGGAGAAUGCAUGACUUCAACAGGGAUCUGAGAGAACGUCUGGAGACUGCCAACAAGCAGCUUGCAGAGAAGGAAUAUGAGGGGACAGAGGAUACCAGAAAAACCAUCUCUCAACUCUUUGCAAAAAAUAAGGAAAGCCAGAGGGAGAAGGAGAAGCUUGAAGCAGAGCUGGCCACUGCCCGUUCUACCAAUGAGGACCAAAGGCGACACAUUGAAAUCCGAGACCAGGCCCUAAGCAACGCCCAGGCCAAGGUGGUAAAGCUUGAGGAAGAGCUGAAAAAGAAGCAGGUGUAUGUAGAUAAGGUGGAAAAGAUGCAGCAGGCCCUUGUACAACUUCAGGCAGCAUGUGAAAAACGUGAGCAACUGGAACACCGUCUCCGGACACGACUAGAGAGAGAACUGGAGUCCCUCAGAAUUCAACAGCGCCAGGGCAACUCUCAGCCUACUAAUGUUUCAGAAUACAAUGCCACUGCACUGAUGGAGCUCCUUCGUGAGAAGGAGGAGAGGAUCUUGGCCCUGGAAGCUGAUAUGACUAAGUGGGAACAGAAGUAUUUAGAGGAGAGCGUGAUGAGACAUUUUGCUCUGGAUGCUGCUGCAACCGUAGCUGCUCAGAGGGACACAACAGUCAUCAGUCACUCUCCUAACACCAGCUAUGACACAGCUCUAGAAGCUCGCAUCCAGAAGGAGGAGGAAGAAAUCUUGAUGGCCAACAAGCGUUGCCUUGAUAUGGAGGGAAGGAUUAAGACCCUCCAUGCCCAGAUAAUUGAGAAGGAUGCCAUGAUCAAAGUACUCCAGCAGCGUUCCCGGAAGGAGCCUAGUAAGACAGAGCAGCUGUCAUCCAUGCGGCCAGCAAAGUCUCUGAUGUCCAUUUCCAAUGCUGGAUCAGGCUUGCUCUCCCACUCUUCCACCCUGACUGGCACCCCUAUCAUGGAAGAGAAACGGGAUGACAAGAGCUGGAAGGGGAGCCUAGGUGUUCUCCUGGGUGGAGACUACCGUGCAGACUCUGUCCCUUCUACACCCUCGCCUGUGCCGCCCUCGACUCCCCUGCUCUCAGCUCACUCUAAGACAGGCAGCCGAGACUGCAGCACCCAAACAGAAAGGGGAACUGAACCAAACAAAACUGCAGCUGUUACUCCCAUCUCUAUUCCUGUUACAGUUGCUGCUGCUGCCACUGCUGCCGCCAUCACUGCCAAUGCUGCCACCAACACCACCACCAUGGUAGCUGCUGCUCCAGUGGCUGUUGCUGCUGCCACUGCCACUGCUGUCUCAUCUCCAGCAACUGCUGCUGCUGCUGCUCUUGCUGCUGCUGUUUCUCCAGCUGCUGCUGUUCAGAUUCCAGCUGCUGCCUCUGCUGUUGCUGCUACUGUUGUUCCUCCUACUGCUGCCGCUGCUGCUGCUCAGGUUGCUCCAGCUGCUCCGGCUCCGGUUCCAGCUCCGGUUCCUACUCCAGCAGCGGCUCAGGCUUCUGCUCCGGCUCAGACUCAGACACCAACUCCAUCUCCGGCUGCAUCUGCUAAUCCAGCUCCAGCUCCAGCAACUCCAGCUUUAGCUCAGGCUGAGGCUCCUGCAACUCCAGCUGCUUGUGGACCACGACGUUUGUCUAUACCAAAUUUGACCUGUAAUCCAGAUAAGACAGAUGGUCCUGUUUUCCACUCCAGUACUCUGGAAAGAAAAGCUGCUGUUCAGAUGCUGGGUCAAGAGCCUGAUGCAGAAAUGGUGGAAUAUCUCAUCUAAAUGGCCUAAUCAAGAGCUUCAAUUUAUUAGCAAGAAUGCUUUUAAUCAUUUUUCCCAUUUGUUGUUCUUAUUUUGUGGGUGAGGACAAGGGUUGGGGGAAUGUUUUUAAAGGGACUUUUUUUGAGACGUUAUCGUACUUACAUAAUACCCUAUGAACUCCAGUCUAUCUUGGUACACUUAGAGAGUACCUCUAAAGACAGAUUAAUCAGAAUGUGCUCUAAAGUUUAUCGCUUGGAUUCAUACAAAUGCUGGGAUGUUAAUAACUGGACAUACACCAAUGUGUUCGAUGUGCUUAAAUUUAUCAUUUCCAUAUUCCAGAUCAUUUUUUUUUUAUCGAAGAGCACAGUAAGUUUAGAAGACAGUGUGUAACAUGUAGUUCAGAAGUGGAAAGCCAGAGAGAAUUUGUAUGUGUGCUGUUUUGUAGAUACCAUCUAGGCAGCAUCCAGAGAGAGUUCUUGCUUCAGGCUUAUGAAAGGGAAUAAUUAUGGGAGCCAUGUAAACUGGAGAAGAGGCAGAGAGUAUUGGGGUGUGGAAGGGUGCUGGAGCUAAUUUUCCCUUCCAAUUUCUCCAGUACCUUGUACCAGGGGAUUGUUUUUAUCUUCAUUUCAGUGGUGCUUUGGAAGUAGAUUCUUUUGGUUCCCUCUUGGAGGUUCAUAUAUUCAUAUAUAUACUCUGGAGUAAUUUAUGCAUUUGGGUAAUUAAUAUAUUGCUUUCAGCUGAUAGGAUAGUAAAUUAGCUGAAACUUACUCUCUUAGCGGCCUUGAUGGAGAGUUGCAUGAGGGGCUUGAUGUAUGUAGACCUCUGUGGUCUGUGUCUAGCCAUGAACAGCUUGCUUGCCUUUCUUGAGACCAAUCUGCUUAAUGUCUGUUUCUUCUUAGCACAAAUUCACUGGCUGUGUCACCAGUCUCAAAUUGCUAAUCCUUUGCAAAAUGAGGAAGCAUUUUUGGUGACAGGUUGAAUGCUUUGAAUUUCUGGUGACUAUUUUGAAAUAAUUCAUUUUGUUUUCCUAAAUUCUUAGGCAUAUUUGACUAUCACCUCCAAGGGAAUAGCAUCAGAAGCCCAAAGUACUAUGCUGCAGUGGGGGAGAGGUGGGCUGCAGCAGUGUCCUCAGCUACCUCUUCUCAUGGCCAGUGACUCCAUCUUGGAAUACUUGUGUAGAGCAGCAGGAAAUGCACAUGUGGGCAGGGACCAAGGAGGCCAUGGCUCCAAGCUUUGCCUAAGGGCUGCCUCCACGAACACAGAAGGGCUGCCUCUUGCCACAGGUCCCUGCUCUGUGUUAUUUACCUUUUAUUAAGAUAAAUUUACAGUCAAUGUCAUUAAUAUCAGUUUUCAAGGGGUAUUGGGGGGUGGUGAGGGGAAUGGGAGUAUUAUGUAAGGGCGGGAGGUAGAGAUUUGGGGAUAUGUUAGUUAGAAACCAGAUUAAUAGAAGAGUAAGUCUGAUAUAUUACAUUGUGAGGCAUAGUGGCUGGAAGGAACUUUAACAAAAUAGCCCUACUCCAUCAUUUUAGUGAUGAGGAAUCUGACAUCUGGAGAGUUUAAGUGACUUUUCAAGAUCACACAACACAGCUUUCCACUCUGCCAAAUACCAUGCUUAUUUUAGGAAAUCUUCAUAUAUAAAAAGCCCCAUUUUAAGAAAAGGUAUCUUCACAGUCCAGGGCAUAUGUAUUUUCUAAAAUGUUCCUACCUUGAAUAGUUUCUCUAGGGUUCUGAGUGCUUAUUUUGCUACUCCUGCAGUGCCUUUUGCAAGGUUUUCCUCUUUCCUGACUCUGACUUCAAUAUAGAGUCACAUGAAACAUCUGCCCUAAGAAAUCAACCUCACUUCUCUUGCUAUGAGAUUGGCUGUCUUGGAUUAUCUUAUAGGGUUCCUCUGUAAGUACAGACAUGGCCUAUUUAUUAGUAUUCUUGUGUCAUUCCUAAUUACCUUCCAAAUAAAUGAUUUUGUGUGUGUGCAGGGAAGAGAUAAGAGGGAAAGGGACGUGAUUUUUUUUAGCCAGUCUUGACAUUUUAAAUAAUGAAGUGAUUAUCCUACACAUUAGUCCUCAGUUAUUAAGUGAAUCCCAAAUAGAAAUUAAAAGUACAGUUGUGUUAAUACUCAUUCAUACUACCCUUUAGUCAUAAGGGUGAAAAAUAACCCUCAAAUAGUAAAAGCAACAAGUAGCAAACUUUAAGACUGCUACUUUCUAUCUAAAUAAAUAAAAUAAAAUAAGCUUUCAUUUACUCCUUUUAUGGUUAUAACAUAUUGCCAGAAUUUUUGCUAGCGCUGGGAGCCAUGGCUUUAAUUACAUUCUGUAAGGUGACAAAUGUCAUGCAUUCCACACUGUGUGGCAGCCAUCUCUUUAGGUUCAUGUAUUUUGGGAAAAGGAGGAAGUUCUUAGUUAAGUAUUAUUUUGAACUUUCUACCACAUCUCUGCCCCCUCACACAAGAGGGGGUCCUUUAUGGCUCAGUUUUUAAUCCUAGGUAAUUUGCUAAAACAGAUUGUACAUCUAAGAGAUGGAAGAAGUCCAUGUCAGUGUAUUAUGUUUACGAAGAAGAUAGACUAAACCCUUUUAGAAGAUCAGUGAUAGAUGCCAUUUUUAAAAUUCAGGUUUAUGAGAUAAAUCUCAAAGUAGUCACCUUUUCACAACUGUGUCGAUGUAAUAUUUGGGGGAUGUUUCUGGACUCCCACUUAUCUAUGCAUUUUACUGGCACCUCAGAACAGGAGGGGGACCUUGUUGUCUUGUACUGCAUGGUGGACUCUGGGGACCUUCUAGGUCAGUUUUACUACAAUGUCCCAUGUACAUAAAAACUUCAUUAGAACAAACUUUACUUGAUAUAAAAUUCUUAACAAUGUUUUAUUAAAUAAAAGUAGCUUGAGCUUUCUUAAAAUCAUGUAUCUUGAUUGUUGUUUUAAUGAAGGAUUUGUUUUCAGUGCUGCUUUUGAGUUUCAGGAUGAGAGGACAGCAGGAACCUGAGAUAUCUGCCAUCAUCUGCCAUAGGAAACAUACUAAGAGGCCUAUCACAUUCUCUUUUUCUUAUUACACAGUUGGGUGUGUACAACAAUUGGAAAAUGAACAAACUAAUUGUGCAAACUACUUUUUAUAAAAAGCGUUAAAACUACUAAUGUGGCAACUUAAAGUGUAUACAUAUGCACUAAUUUUAUAAAUUAUAACCUCAUGUCUGUUAGCCAUACAAUCUCCUGUUAUCUCAGUUGUUCAUUGACAUAUAAAAUAUGUUACAUAAAUUUGUGCAUUCUCACUGAACAUGUUUUCAAAGGAAGGCAUCAGCCAUGGACUAAUUACCACCAAUUUCAACCUGUCAUGAUCCUUGGAAUAUAUCUUGCAAGUGCCAUCCACAUCAUCAGGAGGACCAGUGUUGGGGAGUUUGUUUUUUUCUGGUAGCAGUGAUGGGUUACAUGAAAUCAUUAGACCUCUUUCUGGCACCCCUUGUGAUUAAUGGCAUGUGUUUGUAAAAUGUAUAGCUGGGGUUGGCAGAUGGCUAGAGAAGAAUCACCUUUGGUUUGAAAUGUAUGUGGCCCCAUAAUGAUUUAAGACCCAAUUCUGUAAUCAACUGAGCUAGUUCCAAUAAAAUAAAGCA